GGAGUCUAAUGUCCCAUGCAGGUUAAGGAGGCCAAGAUCCAGGUGCCUCGGGGUUCAGAACCCCACCCCCGCUUCCCCUCCCCUCUGCCCCCCCACCCCCUCACACAGGCCAACUGGCUCCCAAGGGCAGCCCAAGUCUCAGCGACGGCUGAUCCCAGGCGGGGAGUCCGACGGACCCCAAAGCCCAAUGUGGAAGGGGCGCCACACCCACGCUCUGCAAAGAGAGUUCUGCAAACGGGUAUCUCGUGCAAACAGGAUAUUAGCUUUUGUCAGACAGAUCACAAAGGGCUUGAGGUUUCUCUUCUCAGCCUCAGGCUCCCUGCCUCUCCCUCUCCGGCUUUAUCUGCUCCGCUCAGUCUGCGGGCAGGAAGAGAUGGCAGCGGGGGAGACACAGCUCUAUGCCAAGGUUACCAGCAAGCUCAAGGGCCGCAGCUCCUCCGCGCUUCUGGAGCCCCUCCUGGACAUGGGCUUCCCGGCCCACACCGCGCUCAAGGCACUGGCAGCUACGGGGAGGAAGACCGUGGAGGAGGCAUCAGACUGGAGUAUGCCCUGUUCCUCUGUCCCACUGGGCCCCUGCUGGACAAACUUCAAGAGUUCUGGAGAGAGAGCAAGCGUCAAUGUGCGAAGAACAGAGCCCACGAGGUCUUCCCUCACAUCACGCUCUGUGACUUCUUCACGUGCGAAGACCAGAAGGUGGAGUGUCUGUAUGAGGCACUGAAGCGAGCGGGGGACCGGAGCCUGGGCGCCUUCCCCGCGGCCGUGCCGCUGGUUCUCCACUCUUCCGUCAGCUACCUGGGCUUCUUCGUGAACGAUGGCCCCGCAGACAUCAUCCGGGAAUUUGCCGUGAUGUUCGCCACAGAAGCCUCGGUCCUAGCAGACUGCACGGUGAAGCCCUGCACCAAGCAGCUGCAUCUGACCCUGGCCCACAAGUUCUACCCCCACCACCAGAGGACACUGGAGCAGCUGGCCAGAGCCGUCCACCCGGGCCACAGCUGCCAGUGGACAGCCGCGCUCUACUCCCGCGACAUGCGCUUCGUACACUACCAGACCCUGCGGGUCCUGUUCCAGUACAAACCCCAGAACGUGGACGAACUGACGCUAAGCCCCGGGGACCACAUCUUCGUGGACCCCACUCAGCAGGAGGAAGCCAGCGAGGGCUGGGUCAUCGGAAUCUCCCAGCGGACAGGCUGCCGGGGCUUCCUGCCCGAGAACUACACGGAGCGAGCCAGCGAGUGCGACACCUGGGUGAAGCACAGGACGUACACCUUCAGUCGUGCCUUGGACCCAGGCUCCAGGAAGGACGAGGCCAGCAGCAGACGCAACGGGGAGCCCCACGCGCCACACACGUCCCGGAGCGCCAGCAGCCUGCAGUCCCUCCAGGCCUCGAUCCUGAGGAGAGGCGUGUUGGUGGUGCGCCACGGGGAGAGAGUGGAUCAAGUCUUCGGGAAGUCGUGGCUGCAGCAGUGCUCCACCCCGGACGGGAAAUACUACCGGCCAGACCUGAACUUCCCUCGCGGUCUGCCCAGACGGAGCAACGGAAUCAAAGACUUCGAGAGCGACCCACCGCUAUCAUCUUGUGGAAUUUUCCAGUCCAGAAUGGCAGGGGAAGCGCUGCUGGAGAGUGGUACCAGCAUCACCUCCGUGUUCACCUCCCCAGCCCUCCGCUGCGUGCAGACGGCCAAGCACAUCCUGGAAGAGCUCAAACUGGAGAAAAAAGUUAAGAUAAGAGUGGAACCUGGCAUCUUUGAAUGGACCAAGUGGGAGGCCGGCAAGACCACCCCAACCCUCAUGACCCUGGAAGAGCUGAAAGAGGCCAAUUUCAACGUCAGCAUGGAUUACAGGCCCGCCUUCCCCCUGGCCUCCCUCCUGCCCGCCGAGAGCUACAACGAUUACGUGCACAGGUGUGCGGUGAGCAUGGAGCAGAUCAUCAGCACGUGCCCCCAGGAUGGGGGUGUCACCCUGAUCGUGGGCCACGGCUCGGCACUGGACUCCUGCACCCGCCCGCUGCUCAGGCUGCCGCCCCGGGACUGUGCAGACUUCGGCCAGCUGGUGAGAAAGGUAAGCGGCCUCUUUCCUCCUUGGGCCAGAGAGUCGGCCGCCCGAGGAUGCAGGGUCACUGCAGUCCCCUCUCAGAAUGGAGAUGUGUCCUGGCAGCCCAGGGCCGCAGGGACCCAGCUGUCCCCUGAGAAUGUGCCCGCCUGACCGGAGUUCUCAGCUGCAGCACCGCUGACGUUUGGGCAGGACAGUGGCACACCACGGGGACCGUCGUGUGCCUCGUGGGAUGUUGAGCAGCAUCCCUGGCCCCUGUUCUAGACGCCAGAGCGCCCCUGGGUGAGACAAGCGGUAAGGUCUGUAGACAUUUCUCGUUGCCCGUGGGAGGGGCGGGGGAGCCCCUCACCCACCAGGACAGACAGACGCGCUGGACCUUGGUUCUGCGCUCACGGCAGCAGGACCCCCCUGGGUACGUCACACUGGCCUCCAAGGCAUAGCUGGUUUCAGAGUGAGUCUAAACUCGGUGGGCUUGGCGUCAGAGUAAUGAGGGAUUUCAUUCCGUUCUAGAUCCCCUUUCUGGGCAUGUGCUUCUGCGAAGAAAACAAAGAGGAAGGGAAAUGGGAGCUGGUGAACCCUCCCGUGAAGACGCUGACUCAUGGCUCAAACCCCGCCUUUAACUGGAGGCACUGGGUC